AUGAAUCCAGAUUAUCAAACCAUUUGGUUAACUUGUGUUACAAGAACUAAUGUUUCCCUAAUAACAGGAGAGGAUGGCAAUGGAAAGCUGACGACAGAAGCCAUGAUAGCUUUCAUGAACAUCGCUUUACCGGUUGCUGAGUUCCUGCUCAACUCAGAUCGCAUACAGAAAGCCAUUGGGAUAUGCAGCGAAUGUUUGAUUUUACUACAUAACGCCGAUCAAAACAGCAAAGACCAAUUCAUUUCGCAACUGCAACAAUUUCACAGCGCCUUCAAUUUACUUCUUUUCAGAGCUUGCUGUCGUAUCUCUGACUACAUAGGUGCGGAGUCUGGUGACUUAGUAAAAGAGGGAGAUGCAAGCAUGGUUCUAGCAAUGGUUUUUGAGAGUCAAAACAGGUUUACAGAUGCGAAACAACUUUAUGAAAAAGCAGUUAAUAUAAAGAAACAAACUGGUGAAAAAAUUGGAGAAGCAAAUGCCUGCGAAAGAUUUGGAAUUAUGUAUUACACACUUGGCGAAAAACUAAAAGCAAAGGAGUAUGUUGAGAGAGCCCUUACCAUAAGAACCGAAAUUGGCGACAGAAGAGGAGAAGCAUCCUGUUACGGAAACCUAGGAUCUUUACUUUGGUCGCUCGGGGAAUGGGACAAGGCAAAAGAGUAUCUCCACAAAGCGCUUGUCAUCAGAACGGAAAUUGGCGACAGGAAAGGAGAGGCAGCUGACUACGAAAACCUAGCUAAUGUGUUUCAUUCGCUCGGGCAAUACGACAAUGCUAAAGAGUGUCUGCAAAAAUCCCUUGUAAUCAGAACUGAAAUUGGCGACAGAAAAGGAGAAGCAGCUGACUACGGAUACCUCGGUGUUGUGUUUUAUUCGCUCGGGCAAUACGACAAAGCUAAAGAGUAUCUCCAAAAAGCGCUUGUCAUCAGUACUGAGAUUGGCGACAGAAAAGGAGAAGCAGCUGACUACGGAAACCUAGCAACUGUGUUUCAUUCGAUCGGGCAAUACAACAAUGCUACAGAGUAUCUCCAAAAAGCGCUUGUCAUCAGAACUGAAAUUGGCGACAGAAGAGGAGAAGCAGCUGACUACGAAAGCCUAGCUACUGUGUUUCAUUCGCUAGGGCGAUACGACAAUGCUAAAGAGUAUCUCCAAAAAUCCCUUGUCAUCAGAACUGAGAUUGGCGACAGAGAGGGAGAGGCAUCAUGUCAUGGAAUCCUAGGUACUAUGUUUAAGUCACUCGGACGAUACAACAAUGCCAAAGAGUAUCUUAAAAAAGCCCUUGUCAUUAGAACUGAAAUUGGCGACAGAGAAGGAGAGGCAGCUGACUACGGAAACCUAGGUACUGUGUUUUAUUCGCUCGGGCAAUACGACAAGGCCAUAGAGUAUUUCCAAAAAUCCCUUGCCAUCAGAACUGAGAUUGGCGACAGAAAGGGAGAGGCAUCAUGUCAUGGAAACCUAGGUGCUAUGUUUAAGUCACUCGGACGAUACGACAAUGCCAAAGAGUAUCUUAAAAAAGCCCUUGUCAUUAGAACUGAAAUUGGCGACAGAAAAGGAGAAGCAGCUGACUACGCAAACCUAGCUACUGUGUUUCAUUCGUUAGGGCGAUACGACAAUGCUAAAGAGUAUCUCCAAAAAUCCCUUGCCAUCAGAACUGAGAUUGGCGACAGAAAGGGAGAGGCAUCAUGUCAUGGAAACCUAGGUACUAUGUUUAAGUCACUCGGACGAUACGACAAUGCCAAAGAGUAUCUUAAAAAAGCCCUUGUCAUUAGAACUGAAAUUGGCGACAGAAAAGGAGAAGCAGCUGACUACGCAAACCUAGCUACUGUGUUUCAUUCCCUUAGGCAAUACGACAACGCUAAAGAGUAUCUCGAGAAAGCCCUCGUCAAUACAACUGAAACUGGCGACAGACACGGAGAGGCAUCAUGUUAUGAAAACCUUGGUAAUGUGUUUAAGUCUCUCGGGCAAUACGACGAGGCUAAAGAGUAUCUAAAAAAAACGCUUGUCAUUAGAACUGAAAUUGGCGACAGAAACGGAGAGGCAUCAUGUUAUGGAAACCUUGGUAAUGUGUUCAAGUGUCUCGGGCAAUACGACAAGGCUAAAGAGUAUAUCCAAAAAGCGCUUGUCAUCAAAACUGAGAUUGGAGACAAAAAAGGAGAGGCAUCAAGCUAUAAAAACCUAGGUACUUUGUUUAUGUCGGUCGGGCAAUACAACGAGGCUAUAGAGUAUUUCCAAAAAGCGCUCGUCAUCAGAACUGAAAUUGGCGAAAGAAAAGGAGAGGCAACUGACUACGAAAACCUAGGUGCUGUGUUUGAGUCGCUCGGGCAACAUGACAAAGCUAAAGAGUAUUUCCAAAAAGCGCUUGUCAUCAGAACUGAAAUUGGCGACAGAGAAGGAGAGGCAAGUGUCUACGGAAACCUAGGUACUACGUUUCUGUCGCUUAGGCUAUACGACGAUGCUAAAGAGUAUCUCCAGAAAGCGCUUGCUAUCAGAAUUGAAAUUGGCGACAGGAAAGGAGAAGCAUCUGACUACGGAAACCUUGGAACUGUGUUUGGAACUGUUGGAGAUUAUGAAGCUUCAGAAGUAUACUUGGAGAAAGCCUUAUCUAUAUCCAGAGAUAUUGGAAAUAGAAGAAAAGUGUUCGAAAUUCUUCAAGAAUGCGCUAUUUUGUAUUUAUUUCAAAAGAAAAUCAAAGACGCCUUGUCGUGUCUUCAUCUGUGCAUUGAAAAGUACGAUGAGCUUAGAUCUUUCUUGGGUGCCAAUGAUCAGUUCAAAACUUCAUUUCUGGAAAACUCAGGAAUAUUUCCCUACAAACUGCUUUGUACUUUGCUUUGUGGCACCGGAAAAACUCGUGAUGCUCUUUAUGUUGAGGAGUUGGGUCGAGCUAGAGGUCUAUCAGACUUGAUGGCAGAGAAGUACUUGGUUACAACGCAUAUUUCUGCUAAUCCACAAUCUUGGUUUGGCAUUGAAAGCAUUUUUAGAAAGGAAAGUAACUGUACUUGUCUGUACAUUUCUUAUUUUCACAAUCAUCUGAGUUUGUGGAUCUUGAAAACAAGUGGAGUCCUUCACUAUAAAAGAAUAUCACUUGAAGAGAUUCUAGUUCAGGCUGGGUUGCCCAAAGACAAGCCUCUGAGUGAAUUUUUGGCUGAUAACUUCCGGAGUCUUGGUAUUUUGCCCAUUGAAGAUUGUGAAGAUCGGUCUUUAAACAUGGUUGAAUUGCAACCUCUCUCCCCCCAACAAAAAAGCUCAGCAAGAUUGCGGCUUGUGGAGGAGGACGAGGACGAGAAAGUCAUUUCAAGUCUUUCUUUGUGUUAUAAAAUGUUUAUUGCCCCCGUUUAUGAUUUGCUUGAGGAGCCUGAAGUCAUUAUUGUUCCUGACCGCAGGUUGUACAAAGUGCCCUUUGCUGCCCUGAGUGAAAAGGAGGGAGCCGAAUACCUGUCGGAGACUCAUAGGAUCCGUGUCAUUCCUUCUUUGACGACGCUCAAGAUCAUUCAAGAUAGUCCAGAGGACUAUCACAUCAACACUGGUGCCUUGAUAAUAGGCAAUCCCAAGGUGGAUUGGCUGCCGCAAUUGCCAGGUGCAAGAAAGGAAGCGGAGAUGGUCGGACGACUUAUGGGUGUUCCGCCACUGGUAGACGAGAACGCAACGAAGCAGGCGGUUCUAAAGCGGAUAAGUUCAGUGAGCCUGAUACAUUUUGCUGCCCAUGGUGACGCUGAAAGGGGAAAAAUUGCCCUCUCUCCCAUUCCUACUGCCAACAGUCGAAACGCUUUUCCACCACAGGAAGCCUACAUGUUGACGAUGGCUGAUGUCUCGCGAGUGAAAGUCAGAGCUAAACUUGUGGUACUUAGCUGCUGUCACAGUGGAAGUGGAGAGAUAAGAGCCGAGGGAGUUAUAGGAAUUGCCCGUGCGUUCUUAGGAUCCGGUGCUCGCUCGGUGUUGGUUGCACUGUGGGCCAUUUCAGACUCAGCAACAGAGCACCUGAUGAGUCGGUUCUACGAACACCUUGUUAAAGGAGAAAGUGCUAGUGAAUCCCUUCAUCAGGCCAUGAAGUGGAUGAGGAAAAACCGCCUUACCAAUGUGUCUGAGUGGGCUUCGUUUACGCUGAUUGGGGAUGAUGUGAGGCUCGAGUUUGACGAGCAGAGGAAAAAGGACCCCGACAGAGUAAAUAGUGAGGAUUGCUCGAAGGAAACAGAGCAAAAAGACUUUUAG